CUUGCCUUGCCCUGCUGCGAGGCUCGUUGUAUAUUUUCCCGCCAUUUCCAGCUCUUCCUGAGGAGAACUGGAUGAUUUCAGUAAGAUCAGAGGCGUUUUGGGAUCACGGCGGCGGCCCAGUGGAAUGGAUUGGUUUCACUGCAACUGGUGUUUCCGAAAAGAUGGGGACCAUUUCUUUGUCACCAGCUGUGGCCAUAUUUUCUGUAAAAAGUGUAUGACUGUGGAAAAAUGUUCUGUUUGUGGAGCUGCCUGCAAGCAUCUGGCUCUUUCUGAUAAUCUGAAACCUCAGGAGAAGAUGUACUUCAAAAGCCCUGUGGAGACAGCUUUGCAGCAUUUUAGUCACAUCUCUCAGGUGUGGAGUUUCCAGAAGAAACAAACAGAUCUCCUCAUCGCCUUUUAUAAGCAUAGAAUUACAAAGUUAGAAGCAGUUGUGCUGGAGGCACAGCAAACAGUGACCAGCCAGGAAAAAGAGCUGUCAGUACUAAGGAAGGAGAAUGGAGAACUGAAGAAAUUUCUAGCCAUCCUGAAGGAAUCUCCAAGUUGGUACCAAGGAAGCAGGUCAACCACACCUCGACCAGUGGGCAUUACUUCCCCAUCACAGUUAGUUACUCCACGACCUAGUUCUCAGCAUAGCAGCCAAGUGGUCAGUAGGUCCUCCUCAGUGGAGUCUAUCCCUUAUAGAGUGGCUGGCUUUGGUACCGUGGGACAAGGAGCCAGAGGCCUUCAGGGAAGGAGCACUCCCAGAGACUCUUAUACUGAAACCCCUUCACCAGCUUCCACUCUCAGCUUAUCUUAUAGACCUUCAUCUGCCUCCUCUGGACUGGGGAUUUUUUCUUUCAGACCAUCCCUAAAUGGUGGGGAUUCAGGCCACACAAGUGUCCUCACUCCCAAUAAUUCAGGUCAGAGGGACAGCAGAAGCCCACUGGAGAGUCUUCCUGGUUUGCAGUUACCGGUCCUGCAGACUCUCUACCAACAAAGGCAGAUGGGAUUAGCCAGAGAAGCGUGGACCACUCCCAGAUAGACCAUCUUCAAGGUCUGAUCUAUACAUACUGCUGAAGGACGGACUGUAGCAUCCAAUACCCGUUAGACAUGUUGGCCUUGGAAAAUGUACCCCUGCCAGGUUUCCUGGUUUCACUCUGUACUUUCUCUCAGUCUUUACCAUAUACACCUCCUCAAAGUGGUCAGGAUUUUAUAUAAGGGUACUGUCGCAGGAAGAUGUUUCUAUUUAUCCCACAAGACAUAUGUAGCUUUCAUUUCCUACAAUUUGAAACAAAGGUUGUAAAAACAAUUCUUGGCAUCUUUGGGGUGAGGGGCAAUAUACUCAUUAACUAUGUUUUAUUUCUGGAUUUCAUUUUCUAUCUUCAAAUACAUUCUUCCAUUGCCAGUGUUAACAACUUAAC